AUGGAUCCAUCAGAUCCAGAUUUCAAAUAUUUGGGUGUAGAUCGAAAAGCUUUAUUAAAAGAAUUGGCUAAUUUUGAUAGCAAAAAUGUGAUAUGGGUUGAAGAUGAAAAAGAAGGUUAUAUAUUAGCUGAUAUUAAAGAUACAACUGGUGAUACAAUUACAGUAGCACUUAAAGAUGGAAGCGAAAAGAAAGUUAAAAAAGAUGAUGCACAACAAGUUAAUCCACCGAAAUUCUUUUUAAUUGAAGAUAUGGCUAAUUUGACACAUUUAAAUGAUGCUUCUGUUUUGGAGAAUUUACGUGCACGUUAUUAUAGACAAUUGAUCUAUACUUAUUCAGGAUUAUUUUGUGUAGCAGUUAAUCCUUAUAAACGUUUUCCAAUUUAUACAGAACAAGUUGCAUUAAAAUAUAAAGGAAAAAGACGUGGUGAAAUGCCACCACAUAUUUUUUCAAUUUCUGAUAAUGCUUAUCAUAAUAUGUUACAAGAUCGUGAAAAUCAAUCCAUUCUGAUUACAGGUGAAAGUGGUGCCGGAAAAACAGAAAAUACAAAGAAAGUUAUUUCAUAUUUUGCUGUUGUUGCAGCAGCUUCAAAGAAAGAGGAUGAUGAUGCUAGUAAAAAGGGAACACUUGAAGAUCAAAUUGUUCAAGCUAAUCCAGUUCUAGAAGCAUAUGGUAAUGCAAAGACUACAAGAAAUAAUAAUUCAUCUAGAUUUGGAAAAUUCAUUCGUAUUCACUUUGGUACAACUGGUAAAAUCGCUGGAGCUGAUAUUGAACAUUAUUUGCUUGAGAAAUCUCGUGUAGUUUCACAAAUGAAAGGAGAACGUAAUUAUCACAUUUUCUAUCAAUUAUUAUCAACUUAUGGUUCAAAAUAUCACGACAAAUUAUUAGUUCAAACUGAUCCUGCUUUAUACAGUUUCAUUAAUCAAGGAGAGUUAACUAUUGAUGGUGUAGAUGAUAGUGAAGAAAUGAAAUUGUGCGAUGAAGCUUUUGACGUUCUUGGAUUUAAUGAUGAUGAGAAAUUAUCAUUAUUUAAAUGUACUACAUCAAUUUGUAAUAUGGGUGAAAUGAAAUUUAAGCAAAGACCAAGAGAAGAACAAGCUGAAGCUGAUGGAACUGCUGAAGCAGAAAAAGUUGCAUUUCUUUUAGGUGUUAAUGCAAAAGAUCUAUUGACUUCAUUUUUAAAACCAAAAGUUAAAGUUGGUACAGAAUUCGUAACUAAAGGUCAAAAUUUAAAUCAAGUUACAUAUGCAGUCAGCGCUUUAGCUAAAUCUCUGUAUAAUCGUAUGUUUGGUUGGUUAGUAGCUCGUGUCAAUAAAACUUUGGAUACAAAAGUUAAACGUCAAUUUUUCAUUGGUGUACUGGAUAUUGCAGGUUUUGAGAUUUUCACUGAAAAUGGUUUUGAACAAAUCUGUAUUAAUUACACGAAUGAACGUCUACAACAAUUCUUCAACCAUCAUAUGUUUGUCUUAGAACAAGAAGAAUAUAAACGUGAAAAGAUUCAAUGGACAUUUAUUGAUUUCGGUAUGGAUUUGCAAGCUUGUAUAGAUUUAAUUGAAAAGCCUAUGGGUAUCUUGUCCAUUCUAGAGGAAGAAUGCAUCGUUCCCAAAGCUUCGGAUCAAACAUUCUUGUCGAAAUUAUAUGAUAAUCAUUUAGGUAAAAGCCCUAAUUUCACAAAACCGAAGCCGCCGAAGCCAGGACAUGUAGAAGCUCAUUUCGAAUUGCACCAUUAUGCUGGAUCUGUUCCAUACACAAUAACUGGAUGGUUAGAAAAGAAUAAGGAUCCACUUAAUGACAGUGUAGUUGCAUUAUUAGGUGGUAGUAAAGAUCCUUUAGUAUCCAAUCUAUUUACUCCAGUUGUCGGUGAACCUGGUAAAAAGACGAAAGGUGGCUCUUUCUUGACAGUGACCUACAUGCACAGGGAAUCACUGAAUAAACUAAUGAAAAAUUUACAAAGUACCAGUCCUUCAUUUAUUCGUUGUAUUGUACCGAAUGAAUUUAAACAACCAGGUGUAAUUGAUGCUCAUUUGGUUUUGCAUCAGUUACAUUGUAAUGGUGUACUUGAAGGAAUUCGUAUUUGUCGUAAAGGUUUUCCAAAUCGUAUGAUUUAUUCUGAAUUCAAACAACGUUACUCAAUUUUGGCACCAAAUGUUAUACCUGAUGGAUUUGUUGAUGGUCGUCAAGUUACAGAAAAAUUAUUAGAAGCAACACAAUUAGAUAAAAAUUUAUAUCAAUGCGGUAAUACCAAAGUAUUUUUCAAAGCUGGUACAUUAGCUCAUUUAGAAGAUUUACGUGAUGAUAAAUUAAAUGGUAUAAUUAGUUUAUUCCAAGCAGAAAUUCGUGGUUAUUUAAUGAGAAAACAAUAUAAAAAAUUACAAGAUCAACGUGUUGCCCUAACAUUAAUGCAACGUAAUAUACGUAAAUAUUUAGUAUUACGUAAUUGGCCAUGGUGGAGAUUAUAUACCAAAGUGAAACCUAUGUUAAAUAUAGCACGUCAAGAAGAAGAAAUGAAAAAAGCCGCUGAAGAAUUAGCUAAAUUAAAAGAAGAAUUUGAAAAAUUAGAAAAAUUAAAAAAAGAAUUAGAAGAACAAAAUGUCACAGUAUUACAACAAAAAAAUGAUUUAUUUUUACAAUUACAAACUGAACAAGAUAGUUUAGCGGAUGCUGAAGAGAAAAUUUCAAAACUUGUAUUACAACGUGGUGAUAUGGAACAACGUAUUAAAGAAUUAGAAGAACGUUUAGCUGAUGAAGAAGAUCAAGCAGCAAAUUUAAAUGAAGUUAAAAAGAAAAUGUCUAGUGAAAUUGAAGAAUUAAAAAAAGAUGUAGAAGAUUUAGAAUCAUCAUUACAAAAAGCUGAACAAGAAAAACAAACAAAAGAUAAUCAAAUACGUACAUUACAAGCUGAAAUGGCACAACAAGAUGAAACUAUUGGAAAAUUAAAUAAAGAUAAAAAGAAUUUAGAAGAACAAAAUAAACGUACACAAGAAGCAUUACAAGCUGAAGAGGAUAAAGUGAAUCAUUUAAAUAAAUUAAAAGCAAAAUUAGAAUCAACAUUAGAUGAAAUGGAAGAAAAUCUAGCUCGUGAACAAAAGAUUCGUGGUGAUGUCGAAAAAUCCAAACGUAAAUUAGAAGGUGAUUUAAAAGCUACACAAGAAACUGUUGAUGAUUUGGAACGUGUAAAACGUGAUUUAGAAGAGCAACUACGACGUAAAGAAGCUGAAAUUAGUGGUUUAAGUGGGAAAUUUGAAGAUGAACAAGGUUUAGUCGCACAACUACAAAGAAAAAUUAAAGAACUUCAAACACGUAUACAAGAAUUAGAAGAAGAUCUAGAAGCGGAACGUGCAGCUCGUUCAAAAGCUGAGAAAAGUCGACAACAGCUUGAGAGUGAAUUAGAAGAGGUUGUAGAUCGUUUAGAAGAACAAGAUGGUGCUACAGCAGCACAAAGUGAUUUAACUAAAAAACGUGAAGCAGAAUUAAUGAAAUUAAAACGUGAUUUAGAAGAUACACGUUUACAAAAUGAACAAGCAAUAGCUACAAUGCGUAAAAAACAAAGUGAUGCUGUCAAUGAAUUAGCUGAUCAAUUAGAUCAAGCCAAUAAAGCUAAAGCAAAGGCUGAAAAGGAACGAAGUCAAUUCAAAGCCGAAUUAGAUGAUGCACAUAAUCAGGUGGAUAGUAUUAUGAAAGCUAAAUUGAAUUCUGAGAAAACAGUGAAGGCUCUAGAAUCUCAGUUACAAGAAGUUUCAGUGAAAUUAGAUGAAGCUACAAGAAAUUUGAAUGAGCAAGCUUCGACUAAAGCACGCAGCAGUCAAGAAGUUUCUGAAUUACAACGACAAUUAGAAGAAGCUGAGUCACAAUUAAGCCAAUUGAACAAAAUUAAACAACAACUCAGUGCACAACUUGAAGAAGCACGUCAUAGUUUGGAAGAUGAAAGUCGAAUGAAAGCUAAACUAAACGGUGAAGUACGUAAUUUAACUAGUGACUUAGAUUCAUUACGUGAAACAUUAGAAGAAGAACAAUCAGCUAAAGGUGAUUUACAACGUCAAUUACAAAAAUUACAAGGUGAAUUACAACAAUUACGUUCACGUGGUGGCGGUGGUGGAGAUGUACGUUCUGAAGAAGUUGAAGAAUUAAAACGUAAAAUGAAUGCUAAAAUACAAGAAUUAGAAUCAGAAGCUGAAUCAGCCAAAUCAAAAUGUGGACAAUUAGAAAAAACGAAAGCACGUUUACAAGGUGAAUUAGAAGAUUUAAUGGUUGAUGUUGAACGUGCUAAUGGUUUAGCUAGUCAAUUAGAACGUAAACAAAAUAAUUUCAAUCGUACAUUAGCUGAAUGGCAAAAGAAAUAUGCUGAUUCUCAAGCUGAAUUAGAAAAUGCUCAACGUGAUGCACGGGGUCAAUCAACUGAAAUCUUCCGAUUAAAAGCUCAAUUAGAAGAAGUACAUGAGCAAAUGGAAGGACUUCGUAGAGAAAAUAAGAAUUUGAGUGAUGAAAUUCAUGAUUUAACUGAACAGUUGGGUGAAGGUGGACGUUCAGUACAUGAAAUUGAUAAAAAUAGACGACGACUUGAAAUGGAAAAGGAGGAACUACAAGCUGCAUUAGAAGAAGCUGAAAGUGCAUUGGAACAAGAAGAAGCUAAGGUUCAACGUGCUCAACUUGAAAUGAGUCAAAUUCGUCAAGAAAUUGAUCGACGAUUAGCUGAAAAAGAAGAAGAAUUUGAAGCUACACGUAAAAAUCAUCAACGAGCUAUGGAAUCACAACAAGCUAGUUUAGAAGCUGAAGCAAAGGGUAAAGCAGAAGCUAUGCGUGUAAAAAAGAAACUUGAACAAGAUAUUAACGAAUUAGAAGUUAGUUUAGAUGGUGCAAAUCGUGCUAGAGCUGAACAAGAGAAAAAUGUGAAAAAGUUCCAACAACAAGUACGUGAAUUACAAUCACAAUUAGAAGAUGAUCAACGUCAACGUGAUGAUUUACGUGAACAAUUUCAAGCUGCUGAACGUCGUGCAACUGUAUUAGCUGGCGAAUUAGAUGAAUUACGCAUAGCGUUAGAUCAAGCUGAACGUAGUCGUAAAAUAGCUGAAGCUGAACGUGCUGAAGCAUCAGAUCGAGCGACAGAAAUGUCUACACAAACUGCAUCAUUAGCUGCACAAAAACGUAAACUUGAAGCUGAUUUAGCUGCUAUGCAAGCCGAUUUAGAAGAAGCUGCCAAUGAAGCUAAACAAGCUGAUGAACGAGCUAAAAAAGCUAUGGCUGAUAGCGCACGUGUAUUUGAAGAAAUUCGUCAAGAACAAGAACAUACACAACAUGUUGAAAAAGCUAGAAAACAACUUGAAAUACAAGUAAAAGAACUAAUGGCUCGUUUAGAAGACAGUGAAUCAGGUGCUAUGAAAAAUGGUCGCAAGGCAAUGGGUAAAUUAGAACAACGUGUACGUGAAUUAGAAACAGAAUUGGAAGCAGAACAACGUAGACAUGGUGAAACUCAAAAGAAUUUAAGAAAAGUUGAUCGACGAAUGAAAGAAAUUAGUUUACAAGCUGAAGAAGACAAAAAGAGUCAUGAUCGUAUGCAAGAAUUAGUUGAGAAACUUCAAGGUAAAAUUAAAACAUACAAACGACAAGUUGAAGAAGCUGAAGAGAUUGCUGCUAUCAAUUUAGCUAAAUAUCGUAAAAUACAACAUGAAAUUGAAGAUGCUGAAGAACGUGCUGAUCAAGCAGAACAAGCAUUACAAAAACUUCGAGCUAAAAAUAGAUCAUCAGUAUCAACAGCACGUGGUGUAAGCGCUGCACCAGCUGGUGGACCUGGACAUGCAAAUCGUGCUCGUAAGCCAACAGCCAGCUUAGCACCAGAAGAAGAGUAA